CACAAGACCCGAGGAGUGCUAAAAGGGACCGGUGGUUGUCAGAGUGGCCCGAGAGGAAGCCUGGUCACCACUGUGUCCACAACCCUGCACUGUUUCCCAAAGAUGCUGUUGAUGUCGUCUUAAUUAACACCGCUCGCCUUCGGUCUGCCAAAGCUCUUCAUCAUGGGCUGCAUGAAGUCAAAGCAAGCAUUCCCCUUUCCGACCACAUUAGACAUCCACAAGCUACACGAGAGUGAAGAAGCGUUCAUGCCCGAUGACAGCUGUCAAACCAGGACCCCUUCUCCAGUUAGACCCCAGGUCCAAGAGGAAGUGAAGACACUCCCGGAGCCCAGUCCUGUGGUCCUCGAGUUUGCAGAGCGUCUGGCUAAGGAGAUCGUGCAGGACGCCCUGCAGCAGUGGGCGUGUGAGAACAUCAAGUACUACAACAUCCCCUACAUCGAGAGCGAGGGCUCUGACACCGCCAUCGCCACUGACACCGCCAUCGCCAUCGGGUGAUGGCGCUCCGCUAGGCUCUGGAUGUAGUUGGUGCUAGUUUAAAUAUACAAAAGAAGUUUCAAAACCCCUCCUGGAUGUGCAGCCAUGUCUAUGAUAUUAGUGUAGAGAUGCUUACGAUGACGUACGAUUUUAGGCAGUUCUAUGUUAACAUCGAUGUAUACCUGCUCCAUCUUGAAUUUGGGUCACAGAAAGGAUGGGCAGAGGUCUUGUGGCUCCCAGCAACCAGCUGAGCUGUCUGGCCAAGCAUGUUCUUCCCGAGGCAGUGAUGGCAUCACCAAAGAAAACACUGAAUAAAAAGUGCCCAAAUUUCAAAUGGUUAUUUUAAGGGAUCGACUUUAAAAUGACUAUUUCUGUUAAUAUAUACCAAAAAAAAGCCCAGAUCAUGAAAAGGGGUUUCCUUAAAUGCCUUGACAAGGAACUGAACUCCAGCCAUAGUGGCCCACAGCCUGUCUACUUCCUGACACCAGUAACCCACAGAGAGCCAGCAGGAAAGGGGCUGCCUCGGGUGCUCUCACUAGGAAGUUCUUUAUAGUUUGCUUUCAGAUACCUGGCCAUUCCGCUAAUUUUACUAAGCCCUGGGAAGCAUAGUACCGCGCUAUACCUGCAAUCCAGUAGCUCACAGAACUAAAGCAACCUCUCCUGUUCCCGGAUCUGCACAGACGUCCCUCCCAGUGCGGAGCCCUUUCCCGAAGUACAGUCUCUAGUACGUGGAGCAGCUGUUUCCAGCGUCUAUGCUGAUGACUCAGGUCAUGAAUUCCUCACUCAUCUGGUUUCUCAUGAGAUCACCUGUUGCAAGGUUUCCUGUUAUUCAAAAUAUAUAAUUAAGUAUAUAAAAUAUGUAUGCUUGUCAUAACAAGAAGACAUCAUCUACACAGAGAUAAUGCAAGUGGGUUUGGGUUACACGUGAGUAUUUCAACUUCGGGUUUCUUCUUUGUUGACUCCCCCAGGGUGGAGCAGUGGUGUCUGCUCCCCGCUGUCUCCCCCUUUCAGCAACUAUGACCGGUUUUAUCGUGAAGCAAGCACUGUGCCCUCACCUAGUCAGGCUUUAAUGAUACAGUAUCUUUUAAGAGACCUGUCUUUGGAGUAUAUGAGAAUUGUACAUCAGCCCAUGAACAAGGCUUAUGUAGUAGGUGGAUAAACCAUGUGUGACGAAACUUUCUACCACACUGGAUAGUUGUCAGGACAGAGUUUGCACACUUAGCGAGACACCUUUGAUAAGAAAUCAGCCUUUCAUGCCUUCGCAUUAAACAUCUGAUCCUCAUUUGAAGUCUUUAAGGAGAUGAUGAGAAGGGGGCCCCAUAAGCAGAAAGAUGGCGGACUUAUUUGCUACUGGACGGGGCAUGUGGAGCAUCUGCGUAUGGGCAGAGGGAUGCUAUUAGCACACGGUCUCCCAGAGGCAACCGUGGAGGCAGCUCGGUGGGGGAAAUAAACGUGCCAAUCCUUACUUACUAAGACCCUAAAGGCCGCAGUGCGCUUCGCUGUUGUAUCUUGGUAACGGGCCUUCGAUUUAGAACUCUCCCAUCUCAGUUGCCUUAUUAUCAGUUCUUUGCAAACCCCCUGUACCUACUAUCACUUAAAGCACAAUUUUCAAGGGGACACACAGGAUUGUCUUAAGCCCAAAGGACUUUGUAUCAAAUGUCCCCUAGGCAUUAAAAUAAAUGCACAGAAACGGCAAGCUAUGCACGUCCUGCUCGGUCCCCACUGGCACUGGUGGGAGGGGACAGAGUACACGUCUACACUUUAUUUUAGAAACCAGAAGCUAUACGUGGACACAUGAUGUCAAGAAACAGUAAUGUGUAUGUCAGUCUAUACACAUAGUAUCUGCGUGAAGUGACGCAGCCAGCCAUGUGUUUCCCCGCGGAGCUGGAAGCGCUAGCUCUAACAAAUUCGCUGUCACUUUAUCUACGAAACUCAUUUUGUUAGCAAAGUCCCUUCUGUAGGAGUUAACUCGGAAGUGAUAUAUUUUCCAAAAAAAAAUUUUGUGAAAUUUUUUUUGUAAGUAUAAUAAAAGUCCAAUUAAAUGA